AUGGCACCCGCCUAUGGCCCAGCGGGCACCGCGGGCUUCGCCUUCUACGACGGGCUCUGGGUGCCACUGCUGCGGGACGGGCAGAGCGCUGAGGAGGCCGCUGCUGGCACUGAGGGCCUGCUGGACGAAGCGCAGACGCUGGAGGCGGCGCAGCGCCUGCUGAGGGGGGAGGUGGCGGUGCUGGACGGCGUGCUGUCCUCCGAUGCGCUGAAGGAGAUCCGGGAGGAGCUGCGCCUGCUGGCCUCUGCGGGGGGCCUGCAGCCCAACCCGAAGGUCCAGGCCGGGAACGUGGAGAUCCGAACGGACCAGGUGUGCUACUUGCGCGACCCGUCAUCCUUUACACCUGUGGAGAUGGAAGGCGUAUUCCGCCCGCCUCUGGGGGGUCCCCGGCUGCGGCGCUGUCACCGCGCUCUGCGGGCCACUGGGGCACAGCUGGAGAAAGGCUUCGCGCGGGCGGCGACGCCACGGAAGCUGAUUGUGACGGACUGGAGCCAACUGGCUCAGUACGUGGAUGGCAGCGGGUUCUACAAGUGGCACACCGAUGGCCUGGACGCGAAAAGCCUCGGCUUUGGGCCCAGGGCCUGGUACCUUUGGCUCCAGCUGGGAGCGUUGAGGCGACGCUCCGUGACUGGCAUCUUGUACCUCAAUGAAGAGGAUUGGCCCAGCUCCGGGGGCGGGGCUCUGCGCUGCAAGGCGCCGGCCGCCGGGCUGCCGUCAGAUCGCGACGGGGCGGUGGAGGUGCUGCCGAAGGGCGGGCGGCUGGUGCUCUUCAACUCCCAGCAGGUGGAGCAUGAGGCGAAGACGAAUGGUGGUCGCCACACGGCGGGAGCGCUGGGCCUUGACGGCGCGGGUCUCUGGCAGAUCACCGGCUGUACGGGAGUUGUCCUUCUUCAAGUGGGCAUUUGCAGCUGUCAAGGGCGGCCUAUGCUGAUUUCUAUGAACGUGACGGAGGAGUUGAACUUCAAUGCGGAUGCUGUUUUGGAUGGCCGUGACCAGGGAUAUUUGAACACUGCGAGCGCGAGCUUGCAGUUCAGUGCAGUGACAAUCCCCUGGAAGCCGAAGGUCAUGAUCCUGAGGCAGCUCAUCGCAGCGCUGCUGGUCAUUUUGCCAGUGGAUGCCCGAGGCCUUUUCUCUAAGUACACCAAGGUGCUGCCCUUCAAGGAGUGCACCUGCAACUGCUGCAUCCGGGAGCCCAGGCGCUUCAGCGAGCUCCCGCCAGACGGUAAGGGCUCGAACUUCAAGUGUGCCCUCGCGCCCUCCAGCGACCCCAACUACAGCGCCCUGCAGUGCAACGACCAGUGCACCGUGGUGAACGACCCCAUCUUCUUCCGUUCAUCCACGCUCUCCACAGACCGCUUCUGUUUCUACCACUGUGUGCCAACCUCCGGAGGCUCCGCCUCCGCAGUGGUGGCGGCCGCGAAGAACCAGGACCAGCGAGCGCUGGAGAACGGGGGCUCCCUGCUGGACGCCGCCUGCGUCUCCGUGCCGGAGGACAAGUUGGCGCAGGCGAUCAGCCCAGACGGCAACGGACAGGACGCCUACCUGGUAGCAUGA